UACAGCUAGACAUUAAGUGAUCAGGGGAAGAGAAACUGUGGCAUACAAUGUCAAACUUUCUGUCUCUUUGGGAACAGUUAUUUCAAGUUAAAUAUGUCCUAUGCACAAGGCCCAGCUAUGGCAAAUGGUGACGAAGAAGACAAUGCAUCAAGUCCCCUUGUGUUCCGACUUAAUGACAGUGCUCCCAGGGUAGUUCGGGAGGUGUUGCUUGAACGUGGUUGGGAGGAAUUUAAUGAGCAAGAACAAGCAUUAACUGAAUGGAACUUACACUGGCGGACAUCUGCAUUUAGAGCAUCUGACCAUGACCAUGUUAAGCCAUGGCAGCGACUCAACCAUCAUCCAAGAACAGCACAGAUGAUGAAGAAGGAUUGUUUGGCAAGACACCUGAAACGCAUGAAAGGCAUAUAUGGACCAGCCAACUAUGAGUUUAGCCCCGAAGCUUUCAUCUUGCCAAAUGAAUACACUAAGUUUUUGGCUGAAUAUAUGAAGGAAAAACAUAAUAAAAAGUCAAGCUAUUGGAUCUGUAAGCCCACUGACCUGUCCAGAGGAAGAGGAAUAUUUGUUUUCCGGGAUAUUAAAGAUUUGGCAUAUGACUGUGCUGUAAUUGUACAGAAAUAUAUAACAAAUCCUUUACUAAUCUCUGGGUACAAAUUUGACCUGCGUAUUUAUGUUUGCGUUACCUGUUUCUGCCCAUUAACUAUAUAUGUGUACCAGGAAGGACUGGUCAGGUUUGCAACAGAGAAAUUUAGCCUCAGUUGCCUUGAUAAUAUUUUUGCUCAUUUAACAAACACCAGCAUUAACAAAUAUAGCACCUCAUAUACUACAGAAAAGGAAAGAGUUGGAAGUGGAUGUAAGUGGACAUUUGCUCAAUUCAGGUCUUACCUUCGUGGUAUAGAUGUGGAUGAUGCCAUGCUGUGGCAGAAAAUUUAUAAUAUAGUGACAAUGACACUUUUGGCCAUUGCCUCCUCUGUGACUCCUUCCUCUAACUGCUUUGAACUUUUGGGGUUUGACAUCCUCAUUGAUGAAACUCUUAAGCCAUGGCUUUUGGAAGUGAAUUAUAGCCCUGCCCUGUCUUUAGACUGUUCUAAUGAUGUCAUUGUGAAAAAAAGUCUUAUAAAUGAUAUCAUUGAGCUCCUCAACUUCAAACCGUCAGAUGGACUAAGAGAUGCUUCCAGUAUCAAAAAAAGCAGUAUGACACCACACGUGUUACACAGUUGUUCACACACAUCAUGUGAGAGUGUUAACUCACAAAGAACUGAAGAAAUCAAACCGAGUAGCUAUGCCAAAGAUUAUUCUACAGAAAAUAAGGCACCAAACUAUGUCCAAUCGGUCAAUUCUAAAACUACACAUCCUGACACUUCUCCUAGAACAAUUGGUGACAGUGAGACAAAGAGAUCAGUGAAUGAGAUAUGCUGUAAAUGUGAUGCUGAAGAAACAUCCUUUCAAGACUUCCCAGAUGACACGAUGAACAAGAGAGUAACAUCAAAUGGAAUAACAGGAUCUUCUCCUCGAAAAACCCUUACGUCCAGGCUAAGAGAGCGUAUGAAUGUAUCCCAGAGGUUAGCGGACUCAAAAGUUAUUUCCAAAACUCAUCCAGUACGGUACACAAGGAUUAUAACAACUGUAGAAAGUGCACGGCACUACAACCAGUGGAAACCCAAUGAGUAUAACCUGUUUCCUUUGUAUUUUAUUUCUGACUUGGACAAAAGUCCUCCAUCUCAUGUCGGUAACUUUCUCCUUGUGUUUCCUUUUAGCCAAUCAUCUCUUUUAGCGUCUAGAAAUGGUAUGGAUAUCAAAAGCAUCAUUCAAGAACUUAGCAGGAUAAUGCAUAGACUUUCUUCCAGUAUAAAAAGUGUCUGAUAUUGAAAUUUCAAGAAAAUAAUUAAAGGGACACCAUAGUCACUAAAACAACUUUAGCUUAUUGAAGCAGUUUUGGUGUAUAGCUCAUUUCCCUGCAGUGUCACUGCUCAAUUCUCUGGCAUUUAGGAGUUAAAUCACUUUGUUUAUGCACCCUAGUCACACCUCCCUGCAUGUGACUUGCACAGGCUUCCUAAACACUUCCUGUAAAGAGUCAGCUAAUGUUUAUACUUCCUUCAUUGGAAAUUCUAUUUAAUUUAAAAUGUAUUAUCCCCUGCAUUGUUGAUAGCUUGGUAGACCCCAUAGAAGCUUCCUGUGUAUGAUUAAAGUUCACUUUACAGAGCAGCCAAUAAGAACUUAAUAAAUUGCAUCUAAUUGAAAUUAAAACAUUUUUCCAUUUUUUUUUUUCAAGCAUGGAGUGUGAGUCACAGCCAGGGGAGGUGUGGCUAGGGCUGCAUGGACAGAAACAAAAGGGAUUUAACUCCUAAAUUCCAGAGAAUUUAGCAGUGAGA